GGGAUCUCCACUGAACCAUGUCAAGCUCAGUGAAAAGUAUUUCCAUAAGCUACGACCCUAUAAAUGAGCAGAACACCUUUUCCAACGGAGAUGUCCUCACAGGCUGGGUGGUUGUGGUGAUUACAAAGAAAACCAAGAUCGAGACGCUCCUGGUCAAAGUCAGAGGCAAAGCAGAAGUUUUCUGGAGUGAGAGCCAUGGUGAAAACACUGAUUAUUACCACGCCAAGGAGAAAUGCCUCAAACUGGAUCAAAUCAUCCUCUCUCGGAAGAAAGAUGAAAAUGAUAUUGUCCUUGCUCCCGGAAACCAUGUGUACCAGUUUGCAUUUCAGAUCCCACAGGGAAGCUUGCCCUCGACUUUUAAAGGAGCCCAUGGUUCUAUACAGUACAAGGUGGAGGCCAAACUGAGUCGUUCGUGGCGGGUACCAAGUAGAGCUAAGUCUCCAUUCACAUUUCAGUCGAAGGUUGACCUGUGUGUCCAGCAACUCAUGUCACCCCAACAUGAAACCAUUAGAAAGAAAUACAACUUUCUGACCUCUGGAAUAGUCAACAUGAACGUGAACUUGGACAAGUCGAGCUACCGGCAAGGUGACGGGUUAAAGGUCACAGUAGAAGUGGAUAAUGGCACUUCUCGAGAAAUUGCACCCAAGUUCUGUGUGACCCAGAAGCAGAACUUCUAUGCCAAUGGGCGCAGGAACCUUUACAUGAAAAAGGUAGUAAAGGCGGUUGGGAAGCCAAUCCCUGGGAAAUCGCAGCAGAUGCUUGUUCAAGUGCUCGACCUUCCCCGUGACCUGUCUGUGUCCAUCCUGAACUGUAAAAUCCUCAAAGUGGAGUACAAGCUCCGGGUCUACCUGAACAUCCCUUAUGCCAAAGACCCAGAGCUCAAGAUACCCUUUGUUGUCCUUCCCGCUGACUAUGUUUUCCUUCCUGCCGCAGAACCAGACCUGUCUGUUCCUUUCAGCACAUUUGGAGACACUGGCAAAACAAAUCCACCCCCAGCAGUCCCUGGUGCUGCUUACCCAACUGCCCCAGCAUUUUUUCCACCCCAGCCUUUAUCUGGGCCUUUUAUAUCAUCAAACCCAGCAGGAGUUCCUCCCCCCUAUGCCCAAGCAGCUGUUUUCCCACCUCAAGCUGACCCAUUUGCACCUCCACACUAUUCCGCCCAAAAUCCACAUCCAUCUCCAGGUGGCGCAGGCGUAUUCCCACCCCAAGCUGUCCCUGGGGCACCUCCCCCCUAUAUUGCUUUUGAUCAGUUUCCAACAUCAACUGCCCCGGGGGCACCUCCACCCUACUGGGCUUCAGGUGGGACUGAACCCCAGCCUGGUCAAGGUCCAAGGCAAACUGCUUCUGGAUUGUACCCAUCUCUGUCUGAGAGCGGGGAGAAGGUACCUCUCUAGGCCAGAUGGACUUUAAAUACGACAUCAUGUUCAGAAAAAGUCUGGGCACGAAUCAAUGACUAAUCAACUUGAAGGACAAUCUGCUCCCAGGAUGGAAACUCUGAAUUUUGAUUGCUUGCAUUCCUUUCUGAGUACUUAAUUUGCUUGGCCAUUUUUAUUUGUUAACAUUUUUUUCUUGACUUCUGACAUGUAAAUGAAUUUUUGAGAGACACAUGUUUUAGCUUUCUUCAGUAAAGUAGGUGGACAGUUGGCGGUGUAGGGGUUAGCACUGCUACCUUUGAAUCUGAAAGUCAUAGGUUUGAUCCGAUGCCUGGUUGUAGAACCCUUGAGCAAGGUACCUACCCCAAACUGCUUCAGCCAAAUUAUCCUGCUUUAUAAAUGGGUAAAUAAUUGUACUCUUAACAGAAUAAGUUGCUUUGGAGUUAAGCUAAAUGUAAAAUAUCUUUACCGAAAUUAGUGGCACUUUUGCUGUUGCAAUAAAAUAUGGAGGACUGUUAAA